GUGUUAAAAAAGUGGCCUGUGAACUGAAAUGUUUUUUGGGUUCCAUGAGAGGCUCAACGUAAGAGUCGGUUUGUGGAGGCUCUGUCUGAGUUCUUGAGGAGUUUUGUGAGAGUUUCAGAGGUCAUUGUAGAGGGUGGUCAAGAGAGGUCUGCAAAAGGAUGAGAUCUUUUUUGAACUGUCAGUGUGUAGAGUAGAGAUUCAGGUGGAGAAACGGGGUAAUGUGGAGGGAGCUGGCCAAGCAAACAUAGCCGUCGUCGCCUCCUUUUCCGCCCAUCAAUAAUUUCAGCUCAAUCGUCUUGUUUCCUCUUGAAUCAUCGUCAUCUUCUGCUGGAGGGGCGAGGGAGAUGAUCACUCGGAGGCGAGGCGAGGCGAGGCCGGUGAGGAAAGAGCGGGACAUAUUUCCUAAGUCGCCUAGGUGCGGGGUAUAGACAGGGAUUGGAUCGUUGGGGGCAAGCAGGAGAAGUGGAGGAGGGAGGGAUUUCGGCAGCAUGGAGUCGAGUCCAGGGCUUCUGGCGGGCUCGCACAAUCGGAACGAGCUGGUUGUCAUCCGGCAGGAAGGCGACGGGCCGAAACCGUUAAGUUAUGUGGACAGCCGAAUUUGUCAAAUUUGUGGUGACGAUGUGGGAUUGAACAUGAGACGAGAGAUAUUUGUGGCGUGCGAUGAAUGCGGCUUCCCGGUGUGCCGACCUUGCUACGAGUACGAACGGAAGGAUGGUACUCAGGCAUGUCCUCAAUGUCGGACUCGCUACAAACGCCACAAAGGGAGUCCUCGAGUGAAAGGAGACGAUGAAGAAGAGGACUCCGACGACCUAGACAACGAGUUUAACCACGAUGGAGAUUUGGGCAAGCGCGACGAACAGCAAGUUGUGGACGAGAUGCUUCACAGCCAGAUGGCUUAUGGUCGGGACAUGGACGUGACGCUGUCUGCAAUGCAGCCUACGUAUCCCCUUCUUACGGAUAGGCACCGUCACACAGUGUCUGUAACAAGUGAUUCAGAUGCAAUGUCUCCUGAUCGUCAAGCGAUUUUCCCUGUUACGGGAAGGAGAUUGACUCAUGCCACCUCUUACAGCGACAUUGGCACCCCAGUCAGAGCAUUGGACUCGGCUAAGGAUGCGGGCUCGGAUGGGUAUGGGAACGUCGUCUGGAAAGAGAGGGUGGAGAGCUGGAAGUCAAGACAGGGAAUGCAGAUGACGAUGAGAGAGGGAGGCCAGCUUCAAGCAAGUGGAGAGGGAGGUUAUGAUGGCAGCGGCCUCGAUUGCUCGGAUCUGCCCAUAAUGGACGAAUCGAGACAGCCUUUAUCGAGGAAAGUUCCAUUCCCAUCGAGCAAGAUCAACCCCUACCGGAUGAUUAUCGUAAUUCGCCUGGUUGUGAUUUGCCUGUUCUUCCGAUACCGUAUCUUGAACCCCGUGAACGAAGCGUACGGACUUUGGCUGGUGUCGGUGAUCUGCGAGAUUUGGUUCGGCAUAUCGUGGAUCCUGGAUCAGUUCCCGAAGUGGCUACCCAUCAACCGUGAGACUUACCUAGAUCGACUUUCCCUGAGGUUUGAGAAAGAAGGGGAGCCGUCUCAGUUGGCGCCGGUGGACAUUUAUGUCAGUACGGUGGAUCCCAUGAAGGAGCCACCCCUGGUGACUGCCAACACUGUGCUGUCGAUUCUGGCUGUGGACUAUCCAGUGGAUAAGGUGUCUUGCUACAUAUCUGAUGAUGGAGCGUCCAUGCUGACCUUUGAGGUUUUGUCGGAGACGUCGGAGUUCGCUCGAAAGUGGGUGCCGUUCUGCAAGAAGUUCAACAUCGAGCCCCGGGCACCUGAGGUGUACUUUGCUCUGAAGAUCGAUUACUUGAAGGACAAGGUGCAACCGACUUUCGUGAAGGAGCGCAGAGCUAUGAAGAGGGAGUACGAGGAGUUUAAAGUGCGGGUGAAUGCGUUGGUCGCUAAGGCGCAGAAGAUGCCCGACGAAGGAUGGACAAUGCAGGAUGGCACACCGUGGCCUGGGAACAACACACGUGACCAUCCCGGAAUGAUACAGGUCUUUCUGGGACACAGCGGCGGUCAUGACACGGAAGGAAACGAGUUGCCGCGGCUGGUGUAUGUGUCGAGGGAGAAACGGCCUGGAUUCAAUCACCACAAGAAAGCCGGUGCCAUGAACGCGCUGGUUCGGGUGUCCGCAGUGCUGACAAACGCACCAUUCUUUCUGAAUCUGGAUUGUGAUCAUUACAUCAACAACAGCAAGGCUCUUCGGGAGGCGAUGUGCUUCCUGAUGGAUCCCAUCGUGGGGAAGAGAGUGUGCUACGUCCAGUUCCCUCAGCGGUUUGAUGGGAUUGACAGAAACGAUCGAUAUGCCAACCACAACACUGUCUUCUUCGACAUCAACUUGAAGGGUUUAGAUGGCGUGCAGGGCCCAGUUUAUGUGGGUACGGGGUGCUGUUUCAAGAGGCGAGCCAUUUAUGGUUACGAUCCUCCUCCCAAAGAUCCUAAAGCAUCGAGUGGUCGCAGCCAGAGCGUGUUUCCAUCCUGGCUUUGCGGACCCCUUAAGAAAGGUCUUCAAAAUGCAAGAGCGGGGAAGGGUGGAAAGAAGCGGCCGCCAUUGCGUACCGAGUCCAGUAUUCCCAUUUUGGACGUGGAGGAUAUCGAGGAAGGAAUGGACGAGGAGAAGGCGUCGCUUAUGUCGUCGCAAAACUUGGAGAUGCGGUUUGGUCAGUCUCCAAUCUUUGUCGCGUCGACGGUCCUGGAGAGUGGAGGCGUGCCGCUCUCCACCAGUCCAGGGUCAUUGUUGAAGGAGGCCAUUCAUGUGAUCAGUUGUGGGUACGAAGAUAAAACGGAUUGGGGGAAGGAGAUCGGGUGGAUCUACGGGUCUGUGACGGAGGAUAUUCUGACAGGGUUCAAAAUGCACUGCCGGGGAUGGCGGUCCAUCUACUGCAUGCCAGCGCGGGCUGCAUUCAAGGGUUCUGCUCCCAUUAAUUUGUCGGAUCGGCUGCAACAAGUGCUGCGUUGGGCUCUGGGGUCUGUGGAGAUUUCUCUUAGCCGGCAUUGCCCUCUGUGGUACGGGUAUGGCGGAGGGAAGCAUGGUGAACUGAAAUGUCUAGAGAGGCUAGCGUACAUAAACACGACGAUCUAUCCACUGACGUCGUUGCCACUGCUGGCGUACUGCGUGCUCCCUGCUGUGUGUUUGCUGACCGGAAAGUUCAUUAUUCCCACGAUUACUAAUUUAGAUAGUCUGUGGUUCAUAUCGUUGUUCAUCUCCAUUUUUGCGACUGGUAUAUUGGAAAUGCGGUGGUCAGGAGUGGGCAUCGACGAAUGGUGGAGGAACGAGCAGUUCUGGGUGAUCGGAGGUGUAUCGGCCCAUUUGUUCGCGCUGUUCCAAGGGCUACUCAAAGUGUUAGCGGGUAUCGACACUAACUUCACGGUGACGUCCAAACAAGCCGAAGAUGAAGACUUCGCGGAGCUGUACAUGAUCAAGUGGACUGCCCUUCUGAUCCCGCCCACCACUCUACUGGUGAUCAACAUGAUCGGCGUGGUGGCGGGGAUUUCAGACGCCAUCAACAACGGGUACCAGUCUUGGGGUCCGCUGUUCGGCAAGCUGUUCUUUGCUUUCUGGGUGAUCGUGCACUUGUAUCCGUUCCUGAAGGGUCUGAUGGGACGGCAGAACCGCACACCCACCAUCGUGAUCGUGUGGUCCAUCCUGCUGGCUUCCAUCUUCUCCCUACUUUGGGUGCGCAUUGAUCCAUUCCUGGCAAAGGUGACGGGUCCCGAUAUUACGGAGUGCGGGAUCAACUGCUGAUAGCUUAUCAGCUAUAAAUUUGUACUUUAGUUGUCGUCUUUCCAUUAGUUUAUUUACGGUGGGUUCUGUUGAAACUUUUGUUUUAAUACUAAAAGCACAUCACUUAAAACACAGAUAUCAAUGUGUAAUAUUAAUCUUUAUUUUCAGAAUUCAUAUUUAUAUCUUGAAGAGAAGUUAUACUUUUAACUAGUAAGUCAUUAGUUUUUAAACUCCCACUAAAAGAAAAACUUCUCUAUUGACAUUACAUGAAGUAAGUCUCCCACUUUGAUAGAGAAGUUAAAUAUCA